ACUGGCAGAGGCACCUGGGGAAAGUCAGAGCUUCUGUCAUUUGCAAAUGUCAUUGAAGCAAAUUUCAGAAAAUAUCAAAGUCAAAUAAAUUUCAGCUUUAAACAAAAGCAAGUGAACUUUACAUAGAAUCCGCGUAAGCUCGAUUCAAAUUUUACACACACACACACACCAUUUGGGUUAGCUAAAUUCUGGCAUUAAGUACUUUAAAUUCUUAAUUACACGAUUUGCCAUGAAGUUGAUAUCUUUUCUGGACGAUUCCCAUGCCGCCGGCUUAUCCUUCUGCCAAAAGCUAACGGAUGCAGCUCAGAGUUGCGCCCUGUUGCCCUUCUCCGACUCCUCGCCCACUCUGGGCCAGCUGUUCCAAAUCCAGAAGCACCUGCAGACCGAUCUCCUGGCCUGCGACGCUCGCUUGUCGCUCUUUGUGGCAGCUGCCAACAGUUACCGCUACGAGUCCCUGCUGCGCCCCUUCCCCGAGGAGUUCCUCGACAGCUGUCGGCGGCCGAACAUCAAUGCGAUCUUCGAUGUGAUUGCCGACUUCGAUCGCCUGGAGAUCAUUCUCAACCAGAUACUGAAGGGCAACUACAGUAGCUCACAUAAGAAUGUGCUGAAGCUGCUGUACGCGGUGCUGGUUAAGCACGGACAGUAUGUGGCACUGAGCACCUUGCAACCCUGUGAAUUCGACGAUCUGUAUGCACAUCUCAAGAUUACGGCGCCCACGUCGCCGCCCACACAGAUCUUUGAGGUCACACCGAGCCUCAAGUGUGCCCACACCAAGGCCUACACGACUCUGCGGGAACAGUAUCCGGUCAAGAUGGGUUUCUAUGGUGGCCAUCUGGAGGAACUGUACGCCAUGCUCACCGUCGGCUGUUUGCCCAUGAACGAGCCCAUUAAGCUCACGUGCAACGUGGAUGAUGCACUGACUCAGAGUCGGUAUGGCAACAGCUGGGGCGCCUCUCGCUGUGGCGCCAUUUUGAACUGUGUGGCCGUCGUCGAGUAUCUAGAGGUGCCCUCGCAGGUGACCUCCGAGGAUGAUAAUCUCCAUGUGAUUGUCCGCGAUGCCAACUGCAUUCAGAUAUCGUAUUUGCUCUUCUUUGGCAAGAGUUACAUGCAACACGAAAGUGCUCUGAUGUUGCAGCCGAAGGUGUCCAUUGAUUGGAGCGAGACCGUCAAGUGGCUGCAGACUAGGAAAUAUGCCAUCUCACUGGGCGUAUACUUAAUGAUCCUAUCCAUGUCCUUGUCGGGGGGACGAGGCAUGCUCUAUAGAUUGGCUACCAGCGGAAUGUAUACUAUAAGAAAAGGAUUUCUUCCAAUUUAAAAUCAAUGUUGUGCAUUAUUAUCGACAGAUAUAAUCAAUUUAUUGAUCUCGCAGGACAGAACAGUAGAUUGCUUAUAUUCGCCAAUAAUGCUGGGACUAUAAUCAAAGGAACCUGAAAACCAGAAUUUAAAUUUAACGUUUGGCAUUAUUAUCGACAGAUAUAAUCAAUUUACUAAGCUCAGAGAACCAAUUGUUGAUAUUUGCCAAUAAUGCUGGGACUUCAAUGAGUUUGAUUAGAAUGUAAAUUGUAAUUUUC